AUGAAGUGGAACUUGUUCAAGAAUAAGCCAGAGGCCAUGGUGGGUCCAGAGCCCACGGGCACAGGCGCCACCAUGACCGCGGCCCCAGCUGUCGCCAUCGCCACCACCGUGGCUGAACCCCCAGGCAAUGGCACAGUUUCCAAGAACGACAUGUUCGAAGAGAUCAAGAGCAAGUUCAUGAACGAGAUCGAUAAGAUCCCACGUAAGUCUUCCCUGGUUAACCAAAAUAGUUCAUUCUUUCCCAACCCUGACUCAUAACUCGUGUACAUGGAACAGAGAAGCCAAAAUCUGAAUGAUGUCAUAGGAGCUCAAUUAAAUCCAACCUGUAUUGAGGUGUUUACAUAGUGGUGUCCCCCCCCCCCCGUGUGUUGCAGUGCCAUCCUGGGCCAUCAUAGCCAUCGCUGUGGUGGCUGCCCUCCUCAUCCUCACCUGCUGCUUCUGCAUUAUAAAGAAGUGCUGCUGUAAGAAGAAGAAGAACAAGAAGGGAAAGAAGGGAAAAGAUGGCCUCAACAUGAAGAACAUGAAAGGGGACGAGGUAUGGUGCUUCGGGCUCCGCAUAGAAACUCAGUUCACAGAGUACAUGCAGCUCCCACAGACAUAACUUAUAUCACACUCAGGAUACUUAUUUAAAUUGAACACAAAACUCAUAUGAAAAUCAAUGAGUUACGUUUUUAUUUUUAGAUGAUGAAAGUAGACAAACAUGACAAGGAAUGAAUCUCGGGAUAGCUGACAGACAGGGUUGAAUCUCGGGAUAGCUGACAGACAGGGUCUGUAAUUAUAAGCCUACAAAGCAACACACUCCAUUCCUCCAUAACAACAAGGUUACCUGUUUUAUUAACUGUGCAACCAUUUAUAUUGUUGGACGAACUCAGUAAAGUUUCGGUCAAUAUGUAAAGAUGGAAGAUCUUAAUUAGACCUACAUCGCAACAGCUAAAUACGCUACCUGACCAAAAGUAUGUGGACACCUGCUCGUCGAACAUCUCAUUCCAAAAUCUUGGCCAUUAAUAUGUAGUUGGUCCCCCCUUUGCUGCUAUAACAGCCUCCACUCUUUUGGGAAGGCGUUCCACUAGAUGUUGGAACAUUGCAGCGGGGACUUGAUUCCAUUCAGCCACAAAAGCAUUAGUGAGGUCGGGAACUGAUGUUGGGGGAUUAGGCCUGGCUUGCAUCCCAAAGGUGUUCGUUGGGGUUGAGGUCAGAUCUCUGUGCAGGCCAGUCAAGUUCUUCCACACCGAUCUCGACAAACCAUUUCUGUAUGGACCUCGCUUUGUGCACGGUGGCAUUGUCAUGCUGAAACAGCAAAGGGCCUUCUGUUGCCAUAAAGUUGGAAGAACAGAAUCGUCUAAAAUGUUAUUGUAUGCUGUAGCGUUAAGAUUUCCCUUCACUGGAACUAAGGGGCCUAGCCCGAACCAUGAGAAACAGCCCCGGACCAUUAAUCCUCCUCCACCAAACUUUACAGUUGGCACUAUGCAUUCGAGUUUUACACCACUUCAGCCAACGUUGGCAUUGCGUAUGGUGAUCUUAGGCUUGUGUGCGGCUGCUCUGCCAUGGAAACCCAUUUCAUUAAACUCCUGACGUACAUUUAUUGUGCUGACAUUGCUUCCAGAGGCAGUUUGGAACUCGGUAGUGAGUGUUGCAACCGAGGACAGACCAUUUUUAUGCUCUACGCGCUUCAGCACUCAGUGGUCCCGUUCUGUCAGCUUGCGUGGCCUACCACUUCACGGCUGAGCCGUUGCUGCUCCUAUACGUUUCCACUUCAUAAUAACAGCACUUACAGUUGACCGGGGCAGCUCUAACAGGGCAGAAAUUUGACGAACUGACUUGUUGGAAAGGUGGCAUCCUAUGACGGUGCCACGUUGAAAGUCACUGAGCUCUUCAGUACUGGCCAUUCCACUGCCAAUGUUUGUCUAUGGAGAUUGCAUGGCUGUGUGCUCGAUUUUAUACACCUGUCAGCAACAGGUGUGGCUGAAAUUGCCAAAUCCACUAACUUGAAGGGAUGUCCACAUACUUUUGUAUAUACUGUAUAGUGUAAUUGCAGCAACAGAAUUUGAAUGUUUAGUUCAUAAUGUUGCUUGAUCAGUGGUUAGGCCAAAAGUAGGCUACAUGAAAAGUGCAAUACUGUUAAUAUAACUGUGUGUUAGUGUGGGUUUUCUGUGAAUUCUCAGCAACAAAAGAGUGAUCAAAUUAAGAUCUAACAUCUGUAUAUAGAUUUGACCAACAACAAAUGCUCUUUAUGCAUCCCUUGGUGUAUCAAUAACAACCUUUGAUCUUUCAUUGGCAGCACUUAGACCAGACUUAGGGAGACAUAUCGAUAACCUCCUAUCCUCUCUGUUGUCCUCUCUUGAUGUGGUUGUUGUUGUCGUUUUAAACUGUGUGCUGUACUUCAUUGUGACAUACAGUGAAAAAUGACACAUUUGUUAUGGGAAAGUGACCAGGGAUGGGUUGGAUAAUGGGUAGAGAAGGUAAUGAAGCCCUGUCUUUUGUGGCAUUCCAAUUAGCGGAUGACUGCUAGGGUAAGCUGGCCUCCGUGCUUAAGGAUAAUAGACAUGAUACCCAUGGAUCAGAGGAGCCGUAUCUCAGACAGAGCAAAAUAAACGGGGGAGGACUGUGAAAAGUGCUCCUGCUUAAUUCCAGGCUGAAUGUGUCCGAUAUCAUUAAGAGGGCCCCAUGCACCAGUAACAGUUAAUUAAAACAAUUAAUUGUCUCCACAUGGUGAAAGAUUGUCCUGGAAGUAGGACUUUUUGUAAUUAUGUUUUUAAUGAACAGACAAUCACUGUGUCGUUUUUCAUCGUGUUUUGCCGGUGGUUUGGUUUGUUUUUCUGGUGUGUUGUAAGUUCAAACCUCUUCCUCUGCUCUCCUCCUCUUCACUCUGUCUCUUAUGUGUGCAUCGUGUUUCUUGACUGUGAUGGACCCCUGAUCUACGGUAGGUGGAAGGAUCGCGGUGAUGCUCUCUGGCCCAUGGGCAGAUGAUGAUGAUGAUGAUGAGGGGGGGUUUCAUGGAAUGAAAAUCGUAGCUUCUUUGCUUUUCUAACAUGUUUUGCAAUUAUGGCUUGAGAAUUUAAAUGAGAAAGCUAUGGUCUGCUCCAUAAAACCCUGAGAGAAAACUAAAAAUGAUUGAAAUAACGUAUCGCUCAUGAUGAGACAGUGUGAUGCCAAACUCACCCCAAUAUGAAACGUAUUGGACAUAGUUUAAACGCAACCCACGAAUGACACUAUUAAUAUCUGCAUGUGAAAAAGGGCAUGGUUGGUUGUUUGUGGAACAUGAUGACGACAAUGAUAACCGCAUGACCAAUCAAUGAAGAUUUUUCAUCUGCACCCCAAUUACUUUGUCACUCAAUGAAGAGUGAGAAUGAGAAUAAAAAAAUAAAACAGUUUUUCAGAUGAAAUAGUCACGUAAACUUGAACAUGUCAGAAACAGGGGUUACCAUAACUGGCUGUUAUCGAACUGAAAUACUGCUUCUACAUUAUGCAAAUAGCUGGCUAUGCCCUUUAAUCCUGUAGCUACCAUUUGGCUGGAAAAAUGGUGACCUGACUUGAGAGGAACAUUCCUUGGUGACACAUUCAUGGAAUAAAAAGGAAGCAAGUAUGAUUAUACAGGCCCUGCUUUUGGAGGAUCAGUUAGCUAGUUCCUUGGGAAUUUGGGGUAAGAUGUAAAAGACCGGUUAAAACAAUUGUGUCACCAAUGGAAAUUUUGAAUUCAAGUCAUUAGCUAGAACAUAUCAUUCCUGAGUCCCUGGUUGCAUUAGAGACAGGAUGGUAUUCCACUAUGCCACCAGGUGAGGAGCAGGUAAGCGGGAGCAAAAACAAGCAGGUCCCGGUGCUAUGCAAUGCAAGGCAAUGCAAGGCAACGCAACAAACCCUUGUGCUACGCAGCGCAAAGCAACACAACACAAGCCUCCUGGACGUCCACUGUCUGUCUGUGGCAUGCUGUCUGUGGUGGGUGGGCUGGGACACCCUCCCUCUGGCUCCUACAGCUAACCCCUGACCCCUGAACUCUGAUCCCUGUGUCCUGUGUUCCACUGCAGAAACAGGACGACGACGAUGAUGAAGGCGAGACAGGCCUGACGGAGGAGGAGAAAGAGGAGGAGGAGAAGGAGGAGGAGAAGCUUGGCAAGCUGCAGUACUCGCUGGACUAUGACUUCCAAGACAGUAAGGUCAGUGGCUGAUAUUUCCCCUUUUAGUCAUUGUAGGCACUGCUCAGCAAAACCUGUAUUAGACUGUUUUACUGCUCAGCAAAACCUGUAUUAGACUGUUUUACUGCUCAGCAAAACCUGUAUUAGACUGUUUUACCGUAUUACAAUAUUUGCAGCAUUGUCAGUAAGACUCCAUCAACUUCUAGGGAUGAGAAAAAAUAUGUGCACAUUUAUCUAUAUGCCAACAGUGCAUUUAUCAUAACCAUUUAAAAUAACACAUCCUAAUGGCUAAAUUGCACCAUAUAUUCAGUCAAUAAAAAAACAAGUGACAUUUUAAGAUUUGUUUACUGAAACCGUAAUAUCAACUAGUUAUAUUAUAUUGUGGAACACAAUCUUCAAAAAGGGUAACCUCAGCAGUGGUGCUUGCUUUUAGAAGUCUUAUGUUAGGAAUCAAAAGGACUACUAAAGGUAAGUUGACUAAUUAAAUAUCAACUUAAAUCAAAUAGCUCAUUAUAUAUUCAGUUUUUUAAAAAAUGAUUUGAAUCAUUCAUUGAAACUGUAAUGAGCUGUGUUACCUGCUCGGCUUUGGCGAGGUCACAGCGCCGCUUUGCAGCGGCAAAAUAUGUGAUGCGAGAUUGCUGCACCUACAUAUGCCUAGUGUGUGAAAAAAAAGUGAUCUAUGGUUAAAGAUUGAGUUCGAGGACUCCAUACCCAUCCCUAUCAACUUCUAGAAGUUAAAGGCAUAGUUAGUCUAAUUGACAGAUUUAUGGAUACCCAGAGAGUAGAGUGGUGGACCUGGUGGUGAGUCAUCCAUCUAGAAAUUAGUGUGUGUUUACUGAGCUCAGCUUUGGUAUUGUUGAGUACAAACCAGUGGGCAUGGUGGGACCCUUGUGGGUAUGCUCCAAAUAGCAUGCCCACAUCCCCUCAAAGUACCUUGAACAAACAAACAUCUUUUAUCAACAUAAACCCUUGAGAGGUUGAGGGUUUAUACGUGUGAGGAUGAUGUGUCAGUUGAUUUUUUAAUAUUUUCUCAGUUGCUGAAAGUGGUCCUUUUUGAAAGAGAAGCAAGGUGCUGUUUGAAGAUGUGUUCCUCAUCCUGAAGAUGGGUUAAGGCCAGUCACGCUAGAUGUUCAGCUUAUCAUAUUCUUCGUUGAUUUCUUCGUGACAUGUCGGUUCUGAGAGUAAAAGCGGCUAUUGAGCUGUCCAAUUAAUUCAGGGCAAAUUCUUAUAUAAGCUUUGCAGAAAAAAACUGCUGCUCUGUAAAAACAUCAGCAGAAUUGCGCACCGACACUUUUGGGGAGUGACAGCUGACAAUUGCUGGAUUUAGGAUUGAUGAAUUAAAAUAUUCAAGAGAGUAGUGAAUCCAGAUCAGGGUUCUGGGAAUGAGAGGGUUUCUCUAGUAUAUUCAGCAUCUUUGUGAAUGAAUGGGUAGAGUCAGUGUUACAGUGACAUAAGUCCAAGAGGAGUGAAAAUGCAGAGUCAUUCUGAAACAAGGAAGUCCCUCAUGAGAUACUGACACAGGACCAGGGCUUGGAGUCGCUGACGCAGGACCAGGUCUUGGAGUCGCUGACGCAGGAUCAGGGCUUGGAGUCGCUGACGCAGGAUCAGGGCUUGGAGUCGCUGAUGCAGGAUCAGGGCUUGGAGUCGCUGACACAGGAUCAGGGCUUGGAGUCGCUGACGCAGGAUCAGGGCUUGGAGUCGCUGACGCAGGAUCAGGGCUUGGAGUCGCUGACGCAGGAUCAGGGCUUGGAGUCGCUGACGCAGGACCAGGGCUUGGAGUCACUGACGCAGGACCAGGGCUUGGAGUCGCUGACACAGGAUCAGGGCUUGGAGUCGCUGACGCAGGAUCAGGGCUUGGAGUCGCUGAUGCAGGAUCAGGGCUUGAGAUGAAAAUGUACAUUAAAGCAGGUCCUUUCUUUCUAACUGAAUCAAUUACUGUGCCUUAAACAUAGUUAAUCUCUCUGUCAUUCAGAGCAUAAUGAUACUUGGCACAAGUACCUCUUUUUCAGAUAUGCAGAACUACUGUAACAUGAUAUUCUGUGACAUUCUGAUGACAUUGCAGCAAAUACAUUUGGCAGCUCUAGUGUGGAUAGCUUGUAUCUAAUCUUGGUCAUCUAAAGGGGCUGUGGUGAUUGUUGUUGGAGCUUUUGGUUGUCAGCCAACAGGCCACAAGUUUAUGUAACAAGGCUGCAGCAUUUUUUUCUGCAGCAGUGACAGGAAGCACACAUUAAUAGAUUAAUGCAUGUUGUUUUCUCACCUGAAAUGGUUGGUUUGUCUCAAUGCUGUCUCUGACCCCUGUCCGCUCUGCCCCACCCCUCACAGCUGACUGUGGGAAUCCUCCAAGCUGCUGAUCUUAUCUCCAUGGACAGCGGAGGAACCUCUGACCCGUACGUCAAGGUCUUCGUCCUCCCAGACAAGAAGAAGAAGUUUGACACCAAGGUUCAAAAGAAAAACCUGAACCCUGUCUUCAAUGAGUCAUUUGUUUUCAAGGUAAGUCAUAACACAGUUUCUAAACCAGGACUGUACUUGCACAGAAGUUAUUUGGAACAUAAAAAGGUAUCAAUCAUCCUGCCAAACUAAAAUGCUGAAAAAUAUUGUGUCUGGCUAGGACAGCGGAGUCUCAAGCUAAAUCUAAUGUAACAGUUUUUGUAAAAGAAUCAGACAUAAGAAGCUACAUGGUAUAAGACUUUGUGGUUGUUGCCUACAUUUCUUUUUCAUUAUGAAGUCACAGUAUGUGUUCUUGUUGUGGUCACGGCAUAGUGUAGAGCAGUGCUGGCCUGCCAUGCCUGCCUGCCUGCCUGCCUGCUAUGUACCCUCUUGCCUGUGUACUAACUGCAGCUUCCUGUACUACUCAAUGAGGUCCAUGGAGACUGAAUAAGCCUCUCAGGGUCAAUGUGAAAGCACUCUGCAAACUUACCACCAUAGUUAAGAACACUAUUGUCUAUUCUCUCAGCAUAACAGUCAUUUAGAGACCUAGAAUGAAAAUACAAAUCUGUAUUAUUGGACCUAGGUAGAGUAGAGACCAUCCAUGAACAGUUUGGAAUUAACAGUAUUUGAAAUCAGAUGCAUGCCUUUAGAAUGUAUUUGUUUUAUAUAUAUGUAUCAUUGAGACCCUUUACCACAGGAAAAUACAUUGAAUGUUUAGACCUGCUUUAGUGUAUUAUACAUUUGUUGGCAAUUUCGACCUGUAAAGCCAGCGCUCUGCUAUAUUCCAACCCUUAAGCCAGGAUCGGUAAUUUCCUGUCUUAUGUGAGCUCGCUUGCGCUGAGGUGAGAGGGGUGGUAAUAUCUGAGGUCUGUUUCAUUUUAUUGAAAACAAGCCUCUCAGUAGGCUACACUUACCAUAACCAAAGCUGGUUCAACAAAAAUGCGUCUGGUGUCUUUCCUAUCCUGGCCAUGCAUUAGCCAAGUAGCCUAUCCAUAAAAUGUUUCUAAAUGGUCUACUUGUGAGACUUUUGCCGUCAUAUUUUGCAUUAUUCAGAAUUCACAUAGGCCUACCUGCAGUGCAUACUCCAUUCAGCUUGCAUCCAUCCCCAUUUCCAAAGAGAGCCUCUUGUCCCGUUAUCAAAGACGCGCUCCUCCAAACAUAUUCAAAUUAUUCAGUCCUAUAACACCAUAUCAAAGGUAGGCCUAGGCUAUAUCUUGCUUAUUGAGAACGUUCCUCACACAUACACUACAAUUUACGGGAGCCUAGAAUUUGUUAUUUGCGUAAAGACAUCCCACUGGGAAAAAACUGGUUGAAUCAACAUUGUUGUCUUUUUGUCAGCAGAACUUUUAACCUAAAUCCAUUGACAUGGUGAAUUAUUUUGUUGAUUUACCAUUGCGUAAGGUUUGUUAAAAUAGAGCCCCAGGUCUGCAAGGGCUGGAGUGAAUCAACAGAACCCAUAUUAGAUACACUAAUUAUGCUUUAGUGCUUUAGAGCUGAAUAAAUCUCUCCUUAGAUGUUUCCUGAGUAAAAACAAAGCUACACAUUAGAAUUCAGCCUAACCCAUUUUCUGCAUGUCCUAUUGUGUGUUGUAAAACUCUUUAUGUAUGUUGGCUGACAUUGUGCCGUAUUACUGAUAUAUCAGUAAUCAAUGUCUUGCCAGCAGCCCAUGUCACCAAGUAACAUGUAUAUUUCUUAAGCUUAUUUUUUUCAUCAAUAUGAACAAAGUCAAAUAGCAUACAGCAGGGACAUGUGGUUUUACAAUCAGAUUUAAUAAUCAAGUUGUGUUGUUGUUGUGUUGUGGUGUUGUUGUUGUUGUUGUUGAUGUGUUCCUUCAUCAGUUACCGUAUGAUGAGCUCGGUGGGAAAACCCUGGUGAUGUCAGUCUUUGACUACGACCGAUUCUCCAAGCAUGACAUCAUUGGAGAGGUGAGGAUCCCCAUGAACACCAUUGACCUGGGACAGCCCAUCGAAGAAUGGAAGGACCUGGAGAGUGCAGACAAAGAGGAGGUAUGCUCUGAAAAGAAACACAACCUAUUUAUGCUAGUCAUCAUUUAUUGAUUGAUCUUUCUGUGAAUCUAUCUAACUAAGCUAAUCGUUGGACGGGAGCGUUGCCCCAUCAGAAUUAACAACAGCCAAGCUCUGACAAUUGUAAUAUGCAUUUUUUGCCUAUCUUUCCCUCUCUGUGUCGUUGCUCUCUCUGUGCUUGCCCUCUCUCUAUCCUUAAUCUCCAUGCAGCCUGAGAAGCUGGGAGACAUCUGUAUCUCUCUCCGUUACGUGCCCACCGCUGGCAAACUCACUGUCUGUAUCCUGGAGGCAAAGAACCUCAAGAAGAUGGACGUGGGUGGACUGUCUGGUACGUUAAGACUUCCACUGGACGUACAGUUUACUCUUGAGAUUCUUAAAGGGUUCUUGAAAGGUUCUUUGCAGUGAGUGAUGGUUCUAUGUAGAACCAUGUCUUCUCAAAGAACCAUUCUCUAUAUAGAACCCUCCCCUUCCAAAUUGUUCUUUACAAUGUUGAAGCAGUCCUUCGCUAGAUGGUUGUGGGUAAUUAUGAAUUCCUGUUCUUUAUGUUGCAUUAUUUCACUUACUGUGUGGUAUCUAUGAUUUUGUUGUUUUAUUCUACCUGUCUUGUGUCUGUGUUUAUGUUCAUGGGUUCUGUUGAGGUGGCUAGUCCGAUACCGUCAGUGAGAAGGGUCUGCAAGUAUAUGCGAGUUUAUAUUUUUGGACUAACUUCAUCAUUUGACAUGGUUGAGUCAGGUUGAUACAACUCCCAGGUGAGAGUAAUUAAGCAUGAUCAACCCCAUAUUACAACACAGUAGCAUAACAAUGUUAAAAACUGAAUAUCUUCAUCAUCAUACAUAUCAUAUACCAAUUACUCGUAGAUAACUGUUACAGAAGUGAAAUGUUUAUGGUGCUAUUCAGAACCAUCUCAUGAAAUAAUUGGAUAUUUUUAACUUCUAUAUAGCACCUUCAAGAAAGGAGUCUACAAAGCCCCAAUAAGGGUGCCGCCCUGGUCACAAAUCAAAGAACCCAAUUUUAGUACUAAAAAUGUAUAGUUUGUCUGCUGUUAAAACAACUUGUGGGUGGACUGUCUGGUAGGGCAAACCACUGGACAUAACAGUAGAUCAUUUCCAACCAAUCAGGCAUGUCAAUCUGCCAUUAAUUAAACAGCUCAGUGAUGCAGAAUCUCUGAUUUAUUUGCAGACAUUGUAUUACUGUAUGUUACAUUAAUGAGCUCUCUGAAUUAUUUUUCUAAUUAGCAAGCAACUCACAUCACGUCACAUGUUUGCUCUGUCGAAGUGAUGCAUUUAAAACAUGAAAUGAGAGAUUGAAUAUCUGUUUUUCUUUCUUUGCAGAUCCCUAUGUGAAGAUUGCGUUGCUGCAGGGAGGCAAGAAACUGAAGAAGAAGAAGACUACUGUGAAGAAGAACACUCUGAAUCCGUACUACAACGAGUCCUUCAGCUUUGAGAUCCCAAUGGACAUGAUGCAGGUACACACACUUUACUGCUAUUGUUUCUUAUUCUCUAGACCUACAACCACAUUUCAAUUUUCGCUAUGCUUUGAUGCUUUACAGAAAUUCAACUAUGAAAGAAAAUCAAUACAAUUCAUUGGAAUUUUUAAGGAAAAUAACACUCAAAAACUAUAUUUUGGUGUUUGUUUCAUUGGUCCACUGUUGAUACAGUUCCAAAAAAUUGUUUUGCUUGUCAGCAAUCAAGUUUUCAAGAUAUAGAACCUUCAAAAUACAGAAAAUGGUCACACUAUGAUGCGACUAUCAUUUUGGAACUGUAUAAACAGUGGACUAAUGAAACAAACACCUAUAGACAGUUUUUGAGUGGUGUUUUCCUUUAAGCCCUAGUAGUUUAAUACCUACUGUAUGCAUAUGAAUGGCUAUGUGAUUAUGUGAGCGCACACAUGUACAAUCUACAACACAUAUACAUGUUUUUCUCUCUUUCCUCUUUAGAAAAUAUUGGUGGUGGUGACAGUGUUUGAUUAUGACAAGAUUGGCAAGAAUGACGCCAUUGGGAAGAUAUUUGUGGGCAGCAAGGCGACGGGCCCUGGUCUGAAGCAUUGGUCUGACAUGCUCUCUAACCCCAGGCGUCCCAUUGCCCAGUGGCACCCACUACAACAGGAGGAGGAUAUAGAUGCAGCAUUGGCAGGAUUAAAUGCAAAAAAGUAA